GAUGCUCAUGAUACUGCCAUUUCAUCAGCACAUUUUCACAAACAUCUCUUUAUCCCUAAUCACGAGAUUGACAAUAUGAAUUUACCAAGACUUUAUGGGCAUUCUGAAACUAACAGGUCUUAAUGCAAACGCCCCAGUCGAGUAUGUUAAUUCGUUUGGUCAGUUAGUGCAUAUUCAAAGCGGAACUAGUUGCACAUUUAUCCUCAGAAACAUUCGGGUGUGCUCGGAUGCCUUGCCUGGGAACGCCACGGUAUUAUACGCUUUCUGACUGAAAGACAGCGAAGAAUAUGGGGCUUGCCAUCCUCAGACACUGAGAAGCAUUACCAAGAUCAUAUAAGAUAUGGAAGCUAUAUGGCUGUACCAGUUCCGGCUGAUUGUCAUUGGCGACUCGACGGUGGGGAAGUCUUGUUUGAUCAGACGCUUCACAGAAGGACGUUUUGCACAGGUGUCUGAUCCUACUGUCGGCGUAGACUUCUUCUCCCGUCUGGUAGAGAUUGAACCAGGCAAACGCAUCAAGCUUCAGAUCUGGGAUACGGCAGGCCAAGAAAGAUUCAGAUCUAUCACAAGGGCUUAUUAUCGUAAUUCAGUGGGUGGCCUUUUGCUUUUCGACAUCACCAACCGCCGCUCUUUCCAGAAUGUCCACGAGUGGCUGGAGGAAGCGUGCAGUCACGUGCAGCGGCACAGCAUUGUCUUCAUACUGGUGGGCCACAAGUGUGACCUGGAGCAGCAGCGGCAGGUGAGCCAGCAGGAGGCCGAGAAACUGGCAGCCGCUUACGGCAUGCGCUACGUGGAGACCUCGGCCCGCGACGCCAUAAACGUAGAGAGGGCCUUCACGGAGCUGACGCGCGAUAUCUACGACCUAGUCAAAAGUGGUGAGAUCACCAUCCAGGAGGGCUGGGAGGGUGUUAAGAGCGCCACUAAUUUAUAUGAUGUAAUAUGCAACGUGUUCCACCACCUGUCUGAUAUCGUCUGCUCUUCUCCUCUGUAUGUGAUCUAG